CGGUCCGUGCGCCGAUCGAGAUCGCGGCCAUGGCCGUCCGCGCCAGCUUCGAGAACAACAACGAGCUGGGCUGCUUCGCCAAGCUCACCAAUGCCUACUGCCUGGUGGCUAUCGGCGGCUCCGAGAACUUCUACAGCGUCUUCGAGGGAGAGCUCUUCGAGACCAUCCCGGUGGUGCACGCCUCCAUCGCCGGCUGCCGCAUCAUCGGCAGGAUGUGUGUGGGGAACAGGCACGGGCUCUUGGUGCCAAGCAGUACAACAGACCAGGAGCUGCAGCACAUCCGCAACAGCCUCCCCGAUUCCGUGCGAAUUCAGCGAGUGGAGGAGCGGCUCUCGGCGCUGGGCAACGUCACCACCUGCAAUGACUACGUAGCUCUUGUUCACCCGGACCUGGACAGGGAAACUGAAGAGAUCUUGGCAGAUGUACUGAAGGUUGAAGUUUUCAGACAAACAGUAGCAGAUCAGGUGCUGGUAGGAAGUUACUGUAUAUUUAGUAACCAAGGAGGAAUUGUGCACCCCAAAACUUCCAUUGAGGAUCAGGACGAACUGUCUUCAUUGCUGCAGGUCCCACUUGUGGCUGGAACGGUAAACCGUGGCAGUGAGGUCAUUGGAGCAGGAAUGGUUGUAAAUGACUGGUGUGCCUUCUGUGGGCUGGACACAACCAGCACUGAGCUCUCGGUCAUUGAGAGCAUCUUCAAGCUGAAUGAAGCUCAGCCAAGUACUAUUGCUACCAACAUGAGAGAUUCCUUGAUAGACAGCUUGGCGUGAGCAGUGUUGGUUCGUGCCAUUCAAGAAGCUCCUAAGGAGUGAAGAGUCAAGCUGCAGUUUGGAUUACAGACCUCUAGACCUUUGUUUCUGCAGGACUGGCACCAGGAAGAGGCUCCCAGAACACCACCUUUUUUGUAAUGUUUUGUAAACUAAAUAUUAUUGCAAAAAAAUGGCAAAUAACUGACAUGAGUUCCAAAUAUGGAAUGUUCUCCAUCCCUUUGCUGAUGCUCUUCAUUUCUUCUUCAGCUGUGCUUUCUCUGUGAUGCGGACCGUGGCCUUUAAAUUAGCCCACAAUAUUCACCUGUUUGGAUUUUGGUUACUGAUAACUAGAAAAUAUUGCCUUAAAUAGAGGAUUAAUAUUCUGCUCUGCAGCAGGCAGUUUCAGCACAUAUAUGGCACUGCCCACUCUUUCUUUUUGUGCUCUUGGUGUUUCUGCUGUAGGUAGGCAUAAGAGCCCCUGUGUUUCCUGUACCAAAAACACAGUAGUUAAUUUGCCACCAGGAGUUUCAGAAGGCACCACCUGCUGUCCUGCCCUGACUUGCAGCUGUUUUCACGGGGCUGCUGAUUCUGAAACGAUCAGCUCUGAUUGAAAAUGAAGUUUCUCAAAGAAGUCAAACCAGGCACUUAGCAGCCAGUUGUGACUGCCUGCAGGAGUUCGAUCUGUUGUUUGCAGGUGUCAGACCUGUGUGGUCCUUCCAAGACAUCUGCAGAAGAUCCCUGAGAAACAUGCAAUUGCUGGUAGGCUCUGCUGUGCUCUGUGCAGUUGGCACUUCCUGAGAAACUCGCAGAAGUCAGCAAAGCAGAAAGAGUUGAACCAUGUGAUCCUGAGUUACCCUGGAGGUGAAGGUUAAUUAGCAGUUCUAAAGGGUUGUUGCAUUCAGCUGUACUUUCCACGUUUAGGGUGUGCUGUUGAAGAGUUCUGCCCUUGCCUGGCAGUAAUGGCGAUGCAGAGGAGCUGUAGAGUUCACAGUUUCCAUUUAUAUGUAUAUAUAUAUAUAUAUAUAUAUAUAUAAAUUAAGGGAGCACUUACAGCUCCCUUAAUGCAAUGGACAGCCUUUCUUGGCUGAUUCCAUGUCUCCUCCUUGUGUCAGUGUUUAGCAUCAGAAGCUGAUUUCCUUCUGUCAUCUUGCAGGGCUCUGUUAUUAGGAAUAGGUAAAGAGCCUGACUGCUGCUGCGCCUGUUGGCAUGGAGUCACCAACUGUAAAUAAGUAAUGCUGAGCUUUUCUUGUUUAUUUUAGCAGCUUUGUGGGUUUUUUUUCUUCCUGAUUCCAAUCAUUAGGCAGAAAUCCUAGAUUGUAUCAGUGAUCUCGAUAAGCGUUAGAAUUGCCUAAGCAAGAAGAAUAAUCCAGUUUCUAUGAAAUGCAGAUCUGUUAGUGAGAAAGAUUCUGGGAUGGUGGUGAGGGUGGUAAAAUGCCAAUUAGAGACAGACAGGGGGAGGGCAUUGCUAACUAUGGUGUGUGAGUUCUGAUGAAACUUGCACUGAAAUUUGGGAACUGGGAGGUGGCAAAUACAGUAUCAGUUCUAAACAAAAGGUUUGUGGGAAUUCUGAACUGGGAAGGUGGGCCUUUGUGGGAAGAGAAUGAACAGGAACUGUAAUACAGAAUGAAAUCAGUAGAAACAUCACGAGGCAGCAAUAAACUGGAUGCUUUAAUUGCAAGUCA